UGUGGUGGUGCGACACAGAAUUGCUUCCCCUUCUCGAGCCCCGUGCGUAAGUGUCUGACUGUCAGGUUUUUCUCCGCUAAACCUCUGCCUCCCGUUUCGCUGUUGUCGUCUCUGUAGGCAGAGAGAGCUCUCCGGUUCAGUUCGGGAUUCACCGCCGCCAUGCAGGACCCUAAUGCAGAUACAGAAUGGAAUGACAUCUUGCGCAGGAAAGGCAUCCUUCCUCCCAAGGAGGUACCAAAAGAUGAUGAAGCUGAAGAAGCAGAGGUCCUUAAGCAGCAAUCAGUUGUAAAAACCUAUGAGGACAUGACACUAGAAGAACUUGAUGAGAAUGAGGAUGAAUUUAAUGAUGAAGAUGAAAGAGCCAUCGAACUAUACAGGCAGCAAAGGUUGGCCCAGUGGCAAGCAGCCCAACUAAAGAACACAUUUGGGGAGGUGUUGGAGAUCUCUGGACAAGACUAUGUGCAAGAAGUGACAAAAGCUAGUAAAGGUCUCUGGGUGAUUUUGCAUCUUUACAAACAAGGAAUUCCUCUUUGCACAUUAAUAAACCAACACUUAGCUGGUCUUGCAAGAAAAUUUAAAGAUGUGAAAUUUGUGAAAUCCAUUUCGACAACCUGUAUACCAAACUAUCCUGAUAAGAAUUUGCCUACUAUCUUUGUUUACCUUGAUGGGGAAAUCCGUGCUCAGUUUAUUGGACCACUGGUAUUUGGUGGCAUGAAUCUAACACGUGAUGAAUUGGAAUGGAAACUAUCAGAAUCUGGAGUCAUCAAGACAGACCUUGAGGAAAACCCACGACAACAAAUUCAGGACCAGCUCAUGUCUUCCAUUAGGAGUUCUUUUGUCACAAGCAAAGACAUUGAUUCAGAUGAGGAUUAAUUUAUGCUAUUGUUUUUUCUUUUGUACAGUUAUUUUAAAAUAAAUCAUUGCUCU